AUGGCCUCCUUUCCGACCGCCGUGCGGUCAACCCAGAAGGUUGCGCACAAUGUCCUGAGAAGGCAGCCUAUCUCUGAUGUCGCCAUCACCAGGACUGGCAAGCCUAUCCUGCGAACCCAGGGCGGAAGACACUCCCUCGGUGGAUGCACCGUUGUAAUUCCCUUCCGUGAGGAAAUGGCCAAGCGCCAUCUUAAGGUCGCUGGUGACCUUGGCCGAGUUGUCUUCAUUUCUAUUGAAGAAAGUGUUAGACACUCGGAUGUGGUUUACAACUUGGUUGGCCGAAACUACCCUACUAAGAACUUUUCUUUGGAGGAUGUCCACGUUGAGGGAACUGAGCGCAUAGCCGAGGCUGUGGCCAAGUAUGACGCCCGCGGAGAGCAGGUUGCCCGCAGCAUUUACCCCGAGACCACCAUCGUCAGACCGGCGCCGGUCUUCGGCUUUGAGGACAACCUCCUCCUUAAGCUUGCUAGUGUCAUGAACCUCUUCACCGCCAACAACAUGCAAGAGAGAUUCUGGCCCGUCCACUCCAUCGACAUCGGUCAGGCUCUAGAGCUGAUGCUCUACGAUGACAGCACGGCAGGCCAGACUUUUGAGCUCUACGGUCCUAAGAAUUACUCGAUGGCCGAGAUUGCCGAGUAUGUUGACCGUGAAAUCUUCAAGAAGCGCCGCCACAUCAAUGUCCCCAAGAAGAUUCUCCAGCCUGCUGCCGCACUCCUGAACAAAUACCUUUGGUGGCCCACCAUGUCCGCCGACGAAAUCGAGCGUGAGUUUAUUGAUCAGGAGAUCGAUGAGACGGCCAAGACCUUCAAGGACCUUGGCAUGGAGCCUGGUGACAUUGCCAAGUUCACAUACCACUACCUGCAAGGAUUCCGCAGCGGUAACUUCUACGACCUUCCCCCAGCGACUGAGAAGGAGAAGAGAGAGGAGCGCAAGUACUUGCACGUUCUCGACGACCACGACGAUGAGCCCCUCACACUCUCCUCGCACGCCCUUGCGGCACUAGCCGAGUUCAAUGCCGAAAAAGAUGCUCACCAAGAGAAGUUUGAGAAACUCAAGGCCCAAGCCGAGGCCAAUGCCGCGGGCGGAGCCCCUCUAUCAAUGGAGGCUUUCACUGAAGACUGGAACGAGUCGCAGUUCUGGAACGCGCGCGGCCAGGCACAAGGACGGCCGAAGGUAGUUCUCCUGGAGCACGACAUGCGCUUCAAUGUUUUCCCCGAAUUUGUCUUCUACGAUUUCCAACAACCUUUCAAGCUCCCAGCCGAGCUCAAGAGCGCCGUCGACCGUAUUGUAUGCGACCCGCCCUUCCUCAGCGAGGACUGCCAGACCAAGGCCGCCAUGACAGUGCGGUGGAUGAUGAAGCCCGACGUAGCCUCGAAGGGACGGGUAAUUGUGUGCACCGGUGAAAGGAUGGAGAACCUAGUUACCAAAGUAUACAAGGCCUUCGGUGUCAAGACCACGACCUUUGAACCGAAGCAUGCCAGGGGUCUGAGCAAUGAGUUUUACUGCUAUGCCAAUUUCGAGUGCAAAGACUGGAAAUGGCGGAUGGAAGCGAGUUGA